AUGGAGGCCUUGAGUAGGAUGUUGUCGGCUGUGGUUAACCAUGGUUUGAUGGCUAGUUUUUCAGUGGGUGAUCCACAGAGGGGCCCUAUCUCGGUUUCCCACCUACUAUUUGUAGAUGACACACUAAUUUUCUGUGAUGCAGAACAAGAUCAUCUUAGGGCUCUGAAGGCGCUGCUCCGAUGUUUUGAAGCAACGUCAGGCUUGAGAGUGAACUUUGAUAAAUCAAAGUUAGUGCCGGUUGGGACCUUCAGUACUACUCAGCAAUUGGUUAGCACACUUGGGUGUAAGGUCACUUCUCUCCUUAUGACUUAUUUGGGACUAUCGUUAGGGGCUGCAUCACAAGCUUUAUCUAUUUGGGCUAGCAUGGCGGUGCGGAUUGAAAAACUUUAUCGUGACUUCUUAUGGAGUGGGAUGAGAGAUGAAUUCAAGUUUCACCUAGUUAGUUGGGAUCAGGUGUACAGACCAAUCCUUUCAGGUGGGUUGGAGAUAAAGAACUUGAGAACCUUUAAUCAGGCACUGCUUGGGAAAUGA